AUGCCUCAAAGCCUGUUUGGUCACUCCUUAUUUGUACUGUUAACCCCCCGAAGUGCCACAAAGAAACGACAGCAGAGGAAACAGAUCCUGUGCGCAUCACAGCCCCGUUACAGGGAUGUGUCAUUCAGAACGCAUGCACAUACACGGAGGUGUGACCGCACCGCUCACGUCCAGUUCCCCCUCGUGCCACCACCGCCACGUCCUGCACGAGUAAUGAAUUCGCUAGAACACAUUCCCGCACCAAGAGAACCGAACGGCAAAAACAAAGAAUUGAAAAGAAACGGACCCACGCGCACUGUCGGAUACUUAGAUCCAAUAAAAGUGAUCACUGCACCUGCCUCGCCGCCGGGCGAUCACGCCCUCCUUUCCCCUCGGUCGGGCGGCUCCGAGUACGCACCAAACACAUUCACGGGUGUCUGGGACACCACACCCUUCACCACUGCCACCAAGCACUCACAUACCGAACACCGUUGCGAUCUACGGUAUCCCUCUUGCUCUCCUUCGCGAAAGAUGCCACACGCGACAGCGACCACAACAAACGGAUCAGAGAGGCAAGACGGGGGCGACGCGAAAGCAAGGAGGCAGGAACCCACCCACUGGACGCCGGCGGCAAGGCCUGCAAGGCACGUGAGCCCUUCACGAACCAUUUCCACCGCCCCCUGUGAAGGCCCCAGCCGCCCGACAAAGUCGCACUGCCCUUGCGGCCUGCAUCGCCGGGGGAAAUAG